UGGUUGGUCAGUGGUUCAGACCACUGAGUGUGAAUCAAGUCUCCGCGAUAUCAACAUCAGAAGUGCCCGGGAAAUUGCUGCACAUCUCCAUUGAAACAAAUUUAACAAUUCAUUACGGAAGUCACUAGUGUGGAGUGUAUUUGCGGUGGCCACUGGUGAUCACUCCAAUUGACGUUUGCUAGUGUCCUUGGUGGCAUUUGACGGCACGUUACCAGCCACAACUAGUGAAUAUUCAAACGGUGAAUUGCUAGAUUCAUUUUAUUUUCGGAAUUGAUUGAUCGAGGAGAGUCUGGACUAUGGCGGGUUUCAGAGGAUUUGCUGGAUUAAAAGGGGUACUCAGGGGGCUCGAUAGAAAUCGCGCGAGACAAAAUUUAUCCAGGACUUUUUACACGUACGUCAAUGAACCUGCAAUGCCCAUUCCUGACAGGGAGCCCUGCUGGGUCAAGACUUCCGAGGAGGCUGUAGAACGGGCGGGACUCGCAUCCAAUCAGUUAGUAUUUAUUCAGGGGGCAGCUGCAACUCCCGUUGAACUUUCCCGGGGUCUGACGGAAUAUGGUAUCAAAUCAGAUGUACGGAAUGUUCGACUUAGUCACAUGCAUCUGGAAGGACCUGCACCAUUUGCGAAUAAGGAAAACGCAAAACACUUCACGUCUGUCAGCUUCUUUAUUGGUGGAAAUGUGAGAGGGGCAGUGAACGAGGGCCACGCAGAUGCGAUCCCGAUAUUCCUCCAUGAAAUUCCAAAGAUUUUCGAUCGUGAUUACAUGAAACCAGAUAUUUGCCUCAUCCACGUAACUCCCCCAGACAGCAAAGGCUACUGUUCACUAGGUACCAGCGUGGAUUGCGUUCGAUCUGCACUGGUCAAGUCGAAGAAAAUUAUUGCUCAAGUGAACGAGCACAUGCCCCGAACAUUUGGGGAUGCGAUAAUCCAUAAGAGUCACAUCGACUUUGCCGUCGAGCACAAUACGCCCCUUCCAGCACACCCUGUCAAGGCUCCAACCGACAAGGAGCAGGCAAUUGGCAAGUACAUCGCGGAAAAUCUUGUUGACAAUGGAGCAACACUACAAUUAGGCAUUGGUAGUAUUCCGGAUGCAGUAUUAGCGCAAUUGAAGUGUCACAAAAACCUGGGGGUUCAUAGUGAGAUGUUCAGCGAUGGAGUCGUUGAUCUUGUUAACUUGGGGUGUAUCACUAAUAACGAGAAGAGCAUGCACCGGGGGAGGAUUGUUGGAUCAUUCUGUGUUGGCUCACAGAAAUUGUAUGAUUUCAUGCACAAUAAUCCAUUCAUUGAAAUGCUGGCGGUCGAUUACGUAAACGACCCGCGGAUAAUCGCCAAGCAGCCGAAAAUGACGUGCAUAAACUCGUGCAUUGAGGUGGACUUAACUGGACAGAUUUGCUCAGACAGUAUUGGAACGAGGAUGUACUCUGGCUUCGGUGGGCAAGUGGACUUUCUGACAGGCGCAGCGAUGAGUGAGGAUGCCCUGGGAAAGCCCAUCGUCGCCCUGAACUCCACUACAGCCGAUGGAAAAACGAGCAAAAUCAGUCCAACGCUCAAACUUGGAGCUGGUGUUGUGACGAGCAGAGCCCUCGUGAGGUACGUCGUGACGGAGCACGGAAUUGCCAGUCUCUUCGGCAAAACUCUGAGGCAGAGAGCUCAUGCUCUCAUCCAGGUGGCCCAUCCUGAUCACCGGGAGACACUCGAAAAAGCUGCCUUCGAACGUCUCAAGAGAAUGCCAGAGCCUUGAACAUAUUCUCGAAUCGACUAGAGUGUAAUUUAGGGCUCUAUUCUUGCCUUAACAUCAGGCAUUUCCACUUUUUUUUCUUUUAAUCUCUGUGAGCACUUGUUCCGCAUCUCAAGAGGACGAGAACUAGAAAGAACAAUUGAUUUGCCAUUUUUUUCUAGCAAGAGAUACUAUAGGCCUGUGAAUCUGUAAUCUGAGGAGACUGCAGAGAAAUUAAAUUUUGGAAAAAAAGAUAAUAAAAUCGGAGUCAUUGUUCAAUAAUACUAUCAGAUCAGUUCUUUGUAAUGAGUGUUCAAUUAAUUACAGAAUGAUGAAAAUUUUGUAACUUGCAUGAAUUUUUAAUUGAAGAUGAAUAAUCACUGCCAAAUUCUUGUAACUUAUUUGAAAACUUAAGGGAGUUUGGAUUUUUUUUAAAUCCACACUCUUAAUUCAAUUGACAGAUAUUUUUAUUUUGCCGGAUAUUUCAGUGAAAAAUUAUUGACGGUGCGGGUUUAAUUCGCUUCAGUCUCCACGAUUAAUAUAAAAAUGCUGUAAAAAUUCAAGAUAAGGUACAAAAUAAUAAAAGAUGAUGUUCUUAGAGUUUAAGUGGAAGUAAUAAAACAACAUUGUUUUUAUAUCA